UAAGGACCCCACGAUGUCCAUGCUUGCUGAACCCCGGAGGAAACAGAAGUGGUCUGUUGACCCCAGGAACAGCGCCUGGAGUAAUGAUGACUCCAAAUUUGGCCAGAAGAUGCUGGAGCGAAUGGGCUGGUCCAAGGGCAAGGGUCUGGGCAAGAGUGAGCAAGGCGCCACCGACCAUAUCAAAGUAAAAGUUAAAAAUGACAGCUAUGGGCUUGGAGCCAAUGCCAGCUGUGAGGACAACUGGAUUGCCCACCAAGAUGAUUUUAAUGAACUGCUUGCUCAGCUGAACAACUGCCAUGGUCAGAACAACGGCAACAGCAAUGAACCUGCACCAGAUGAGCAGAAAGGCUUCAGCCUGGAGGAGAAAUCCAAGACUUCCAAAAAGAGGGUCCACUACAUGAAGUUUGCUAAAGGAAAGGACCUGUCCUCCCGUAGUGAAACUGACCUUAAUUGUAUCUUUGGGAAGAGAGCAAGACCAGCCAAAGACCAAGAGCAGGAGAGCAACAGCAGCGAUUCUCAGGGUGAGGUGGAGGAGAAGGGAACUCCUGCUGCUUCUGAACUGGACACGGAGUCCAUCACCAAGACUGUGACCAGUACUCUCUCUAUGCAGGAGUAUUUUGCGCAGCGGAUGGCUCAACUGAAGAAGGCUCGGGGGCAGGCCCCGAGUGCAACAUCACCGGUGGAGGCAGAGACCAAUGAGACAUCGGGUGCGUCCGAGGAACCCAGUCCCAUCCACAGUAGCAACCAUGAAUCAGAAGAGCCCAAAAAGAAAAAGAAGAAGAAGAAAAAGGCUGUGGGUGAGGUGGAAGUGGUAGAUGACACCAGUAGUGCCCCCAUUGUAGAGAAAGAUGAUGAAAACCAGGAGCAGGAAAGUUCGAAGAAAAAGAAGAAGAAGAAGAGGAAAAUGGCAGAAAAUGAAAGAGCUACAGGUGAGAACUGUAGCUCCACCUCUGGUGUGGAGCAGAACUGUGAGGAGCUGCCUCCUUCCAAAAAGAAAAAACUUAAAAAGCACAAUGAAGAAACUGAGCUACUAAAUGGACACGAACCAUCUGAGGAUCAAAUUGUAGAAUCAGAGGUUGUGCAGAAAAAGAAACAGAAACAGAAAGAAGAGUUGGGCGAUGUUGUAGAAGAGAAGGAGGUGGUAGAGAAGAAAUCCAAAAAGGACAAGAAAAAAAAGAAGAAACAUCAAGAAUAGGGAAGAGUUAGGGGUAAGGAUAAGUCCUUUAGUCUUCAUGGGGACUGUUGCUCUUUCUGCUGUCAUUCAUUAUCACGGAGGCUUACACAUAUGGAAAAUGCCUUUUGUGAGCUGAUCAAAUGUCUUUUUAUGUACAACCUAAUUAUCUGUGAGGAGAAAAGAAGUUUGAAAUUUGAUCAAGCUUCCCAGUAAAGCCACACACUUGUACUGGUGGACACUGGGAUGCAGAUGGUAACAUGUCUUAAUGAGAUGAUCAGCACCACUCAUGUCUGCGCAGUAUAUAUGAAGCUAAGAAACAGAACGUAACUCCACAUGAAACCACUAUGUUGUUUUUUCACUUUAGUUUUUGACAUGUCAAUUAAUGAGCUUUACAGGUGCUGGUAUGUAGGUUUUAUUACCUUUGGACAGAGCAGCAUCAUAUUUACUGUACAAACGUGAGUGGAACGGAUUUUCUCAUCCAACCUUGGACAAAAAAAAAACAAUCAUAG